CGCGCGGGCCGGCCCCGGCGCCUCCAUGAUGGAGGAGCGAGCGGCCGCCGCGGUCGCCGCCGCCGCCUCCUCCUGCCGCCCGCUCGGCUCCGGCGGGGGCCCCGGCCCGGCUGGAGCGACCCCAGCUGCCACCCCUGUGCCCGGGCCUGGCCCGGCCGGGAAGGGAGGCGGCGGCGGAGGCAGCCCCGGCCCCACGGCGGGCCCGGAGCCCCUGAGCCUACCGGGAAUCCUGCACUUUAUUCAACACGAGUGGGCGCGCUUCGAGGCCGAGAAGGCGCGCUGGGAGGCCGAGCGCGCCGAGUUGCAGGCCCAGGUGGCCUUUCUCCAAGGAGAAAGGAAAGGGCAGGAGAACCUGAAGACAGACCUGGUGCGGCGGAUCAAGAUGCUGGAGUACGCACUGAAGCAGGAGAGGGCCAAAUACCAUAAACUGAAGUUUGGAACAGACUUGAACCAGGGCGAAAAGAAGCCGGAUCUGUCAGAACAAGUACCCAACGGCCCCGUGGAGUCGGUCACCCUGGAGAACAGCUCGCUUGUGUGGAAGGAGGGGCGACAGCUUCUCCGACAGUACCUGGAAGAGGUGGGCUACACAGACACCAUCCUGGACAUGCGCUCCAAACGUGUGCGUUCCCUGCUGGGCCGCUCAUUGGAGCUCAACGGGGCGGUGGAGCCCAGUGAGGGGGCUCCCAGGGCCACGCCGGGCCCCGGGGUGCUCAGCAGCGGCGGCGGGGGUGGCGGCGAGUCACUGCUGGUGAAACAGAUCGAGGAGCAAAUCAAGAGGAAUGCGGCAGGCAAGGACGGCAAAGAGCGCCUGGCCGGCUCGGUGCUGGAGCAGAUCCCCUUCCUGCAGAACUGUGAGGACGAGGACAGCGACGAGGACGACGAGCUGGACAGCGUGCAGCACAAGAAGCAGCGCGUGAAGCUGCCGUCCAAGGCCCUGGUGCCCGAGAUGGAGGAGGAGGACGAGGAGGAUGACUCUGAAGACGCUAUCAAUGAGUUUGACUUCCUGGGCUCAGGAGAGGAUGGGGAAGGUUCCCCAGACCCUCGGCGUUGUGCUGCGGACGGAAACCCCCACGAGCUGGAGAGCCGGCGGGUCAAGCUCCAGGGAAUCCUGGCUGACCUGCGCGAUGUGGAUGGGCUGCCUCCCAAAGUGACAGGUCCCCCUCCCGGCACGCCCCAGCCCCGGCCCCACGAAGACGUCUUCAUCAUGGACACCAUCGGGGGCGGGGAAGUGAGCCUGGGGGACUUGGCGGAUCUCACCGUCACCAAUGACAACGAGCUCAGCUGUGAUCUCUCCGACAGCAAAGACGCCUUCAAGAAGACAUGGAACCCCAAGUUCACCCUGCGUUCACAUUACGAUGGCAUCCGCUCCCUGGCCUUCCACCACAGCCAGUCGGCGCUGCUCACCGCCUCCGAGGAUGGCACGCUCAAGCUCUGGAACCUACAGAAGGCGGCCACGGCCAAGAAGAACGCUGCCUUGGACGUGGAGCCCAUCCAUGCCUUCCGGGCCCACAGGGGUCCUGUGUUGGCAGUAGCCAUGGGCAGCAACAGUGAGUACUGUUACAGCGGUGGGGCAGAUGCCCGCAUCCACAGCUGGAAGAUUCCAGACCUCAACAUGGACCCCUAUGACGGUUACGAUCCCAGUGUGCUGAGCCACGUGCUGGAGGGCCACAGUGAUGCCGUGUGGGGCCUGGCCUUCAGCACCGCCUGCCAGCGCCUGGCCUCCUGCUCAGCUGACGGCACCGUCCGCGUCUGGGACCCCAGCAGCAGUGCGGCCUGCCUGUGCAGCUUCCCUACGGCCAGUGGGCAUGGCAUCCCCACCUCCGUGGCCUUCACCAGCACCGAGCCUGCCCACAUCGUGGCCUCCUUCCGCUCUGGGGACACCGUGCUCUAUGACCUGCAGGCGGGCAGUGCCCUCCUCACACUCGAGUCCCGGGGGAGCAGCGGCCCAACCCAGAUCAACCAGGUGGUGAGCCACCCCAGCCAGCCCCUCACCAUCACCGCCCAUGACGACAGGGGCAUCCGCUUCCUGGACAAUCGCACCGGGAAAUGUGUGCACUCCAUGGUCGCCCACUUGGAUGCUGUCACCUGCCUGGCUGUGGACCCCAAUGGUGUCUUCCUGAUGUCAGGGAGCCAUGACUGCUCCCUGCGCCUGUGGAGCCUGGACAACAAGACGUGCGUGCAGGAGAUCACGGCCCACCGUAAGAAACACGAGGAGGCGAUCCACGCCGUGGCCUGCCACCCCAGCAAGGCCCUCAUCGCCAGCGCCGGUGCCGAUGCCCUGGCCAAGGUCUUCGUAUGAUGCCCACCUGGCCCCACCCUGGCUGCCACACUGGCUGGAGAGGGGCCGGGCAGGUGGGGCUGAGGUGAGGGGUGGGGAUGAGGAGGGGGACGUUGCUGCAGCCCAAUGGGGCCCCAGUGCUGUGUGGGGGCAGGGGUGAAGCUGUAGGAAGGGCUUUGGGCUAGCCCACUGUCGCCCUAUCUCCUGCAGGGGACUCCUAGCCUCGCUCUGGAGGCGGAGGCCUGGUGGUGCUAAUGGCCCUGUCCCCGGAACCCCUCCCUGCGGCACUCCUGCCCAGCCACUGGCCACUGCCCGCUGCUGCUGUCAGAGUUGCUUCUGGAAGCCGCCACAGCAGUACUGGGGUCCUCUGGGGUGUUCGGCUGGGAUGCUGGGAGGUGCCACAUUCCCCAGAAGUCCCUGCCCUCAGGGGGAGCUGUCAGCCCCUCCUCCCUGACUUCCUGACACUAACACAGGCCUGGGGGGCCCUCCCGCUCCUGCCCCCAUGAUGCCUAGGAGAGGGGUUAACUGUUACACCUCACCCCUCCCUGGGGUGGUCUUCCCAGCCCUUAGCGGAGACAGCCUGCCUUGGUGUCUCCCAGGGCACACGCGGAGGGCGGGCUCCCUGCCCCCUGUAUAUCUGUAUAAAGAAAUGGGAUUGUAAUGGCCCCCACGUUAUCACUGUGUGAUAGUCUCCAUCGCGCCCCCACCCCACUCUCUCCCUCUAUUUAUUUCACUCUUUGUUUGGGUUCCGCCCUGUGGCCCGGUCCCACCUCGGGUUCCCGUUUAUAAGCCCCAUCCCCUGCGUCCCUGAACUUGUAUGUGAAAAAUUGUCUCAAUAAAUCCUUUGGAGUAA